AUGGGCCUCUUGACGGUGGGCAAGCCUCACAGCUGGGAGCAUGCAGGCGAGCACCGCAAGUAUGUGGCGAAGCACGGGGUGAUCCAAUUCCUCAACACGUACAACUCCGUCAAGGAUAUCACGAAUGACGAGCUGCUGUGGGGAGACGAGUGUCGCAGCAAUUCAGUAGCAGUAGAACUGCUGUGGCAGGCCUGUCCAGCGAGCUCUAGUCACCACAGCUGCCAAGAACUGAUGUAG